AUGGCUAAUACUAUAGUAAAUAGUAUCGAAGAUUUCGAUAAUUCCAGACAAAAAUUAUUUAAAUUGAAGUGGUUUGUUGUGAGUCUUGGUAUUAUCACUAGUCUUUUUAUUAUUGCGACAAUUGUAUUAGCUAUUCUAUUUGGUAUCGAACGAAAUAAAACAAAACCUGAUUCAUUAUUUGUAGUAAAUAAUACAAAACCUGACCCAUUAUUUAUAGUAAAUAAUACAGAUGGAAUUUGUUCAAGUUCAUAUUGUAUCAAAGCAGCGAAUACGUUUCUUGAGAGUAUCGAUGAAACAGUGGAUCCAUGCGAAAAUUUCUAUCAAUUUACUUGUGGUACAUGGAUUAAAAAUACACGAAUACCAGAAGAUAGUAGUGAUCGAAAUAGAUUCGAAACGUUACAAACUGAAGUUACUUAUGAUGUUAUAGAUAUUCUUUCAACAUCAUCAUCCACUAAUGAUACUAUCUCUGUUAUCAAUGCUCGUAAAUUAUAUGCAUCAUGUAUCGAUGAAGAAACUAUUGAAAAAAAUGAUGUCAAUGAAAUACUCUCAUUGAUUGAUAGAGAAUUCGGUGGUUGGCCAAUUUUACAAGAAUCAAUAUGGAAUGAAUCAAAAUUUGAUUUAAUUCAUUUAUCAGUUAAACUAAGCCAAUACAAAAGCUUUCCAUUAUUUUAUGUGCUCACUGAUACUGAUGAGAAAAAUUCUUCUAUGAAUUGUAUCUAUAUGGGUCAAGGUAGUCUCGGUCUAUUCGAUCGUAGUUAUUAUAUCAAUGAAAGUGAAAUCACACGAAGUUAUCGACAAUUUAUCAAAGGAAUAGCAAUGGCAUUUACUAAUAAUUCAUCAAUAAAUGAUACUGAUGUCGACGAAAUAUUCGAUUUUGAAAAAGCCAUUGCUGAAAAUUUCUUGAAUACAGCCGGACAACAUGAAGGUCUAUUUAAUCGUACAAAUUUCGGUAAUCUCUCAACUUUAAUGAAUACAUCAUUUGAUUUUACUGAUUAUCUUCAACGUGCUUAUCUUCUUGGAAAUGUUACUCUCAAUAAUACAGAUAUAAUCAAUAUUGGUGAAUUGAAAGUUUUGCGUAAUAUCUCGAUGAUUAUUAAACAAAAUUCACCCCGUACAAUUCAGAAUUAUUUAAUAUGGCGUUUUAUUAUCAAUCAAAUUGGUCAUAUGCCAAAACGAUUUCGAGUGAUUCAACAACAAUUUUAUAGAAUAUUUAUAGGUACUGCAAUUGAAAAACCUCGUCCAAUUAAAUGUGCAAAUUAUGUAAAUAGUAAUAUGGGAAUGGUAGUAUCAAGACUUUAUAUUAUGAAAAAAUUUGAUAAAUAUUCACGUCAAGAGUCUAUGGAUAUGAUCAAAAAUAUUCAAAAUGAAUUUACUAACAUGAUUAAUCAAUCAGAUUGGAUGGAUCCUUCUUCGAAAACUGUUGCCAUAGAAAAAGUUCAACUUGUUCAGCAAAGAGUUGGUUAUCCUGAUGGACUAGAUAGUGAUAAUAUAACAAAUCUUAACAAAAUUAUGCAUCAGUAUGUUAUGAAAAAAAAGAAAUUACUUCUUACUAAUUCAUAA